AUGGCUGGCAAUAACGAUGACAACCGAGCUUUGGAAGAUUAUGCUCAACCGGUUAUACCAAAUUCACCUUCGUGCAUCUUGUUGCCUACUGAAGCUAGAAAUUAUGAUAUCAAAUCUUCACAUUUUCACAUGCUUCCUUCUUUUUAUGAUUUACUUAACGAAGAUCCAUUAGCCCAUAUUAAGGAAUUCUACAAAGUUGUGGCUAGUUUGGAAAAGAAGCUUGAUUCUAUGCUUAAUAUGGUGCCUAAGAUAGCUGAGGUGUGUGCCAUUUGCAACAUACCAAGUCAUCCUACUUAUCAAUGCUCGGCUAGUGAGGCUUAUCUCGAAUUCGUUCAAGAGCAAGUGAAUCUCAUGAAUUCUUACAAUCAGAGGCCAAGGAAUGACCCGUUAUCUAAUACAUAUAACCCUAGUUUGAGAGAUCAUCCCAAUCUCACAUGGAAGAAUAACAAUCAAUUUCAAAAUUUCCAACCAAAGCCUGCCACUACGCUUGAAGAUACGAUCAAAAUGCUAGCUCAAAACACCGUUCAAUUCCAGCAAACUAUCAAUAGUCUCACUCAAGAAAAGAAUGAGAAACCGAAUGACGAUCAAAGCAAUGCCACUUCUUCGUCUGAAGCUCCAAAUUUUCACAAGGCUGAAAAACUUUACACUCCUCCCAUCCCAUUUCCUGGAAGACUUGCCAAAAGCAAGCAUGAUAAGUCAUUUAAAGAAUUUUUUUAUAUUUUAAGUAAAGUGAAUGUUAAUUUACCUUUACUUGAUGUCAUUAGGAAUAUGCCAGCGUAUGGGAAAUUUUUCAAGGAGCUAAACGCUUAUAAGAGGAAGUAUGGACCUAAUGAGAAGGUGAUGGUGUCUGAAAAUGUGAGUGCUGUGCUUCAAAGAAAGCUCCCACCAAAACUCAAGGAUCCGGGCAGUUUUUCUAUCAAUAUCACCAUUGGAGACAAGCUAGUUGAAAAGGCUAUGCUUGACUUGGGGGCUAGCAUCAAUUUAAUGCCCUAUUCAGUGUACCUUCAAUUAGGUUUGGGGGAUUUGAAGGCAACAACUAUUUCACUGCAACUUGCUGAUCGAUCAGGAAAUAUCCAAGAGGUAUAG